CAAAUCCCAGCGACGCUGGCGACGCCUGACGCUGCCUUGCCUUCGAAGGACGUCUGCGCACAUUGGGGAGUUAAUUCACGUCCGUAGUUAACGCGUUUUACAGCGGAUUUGGUUAUACAUUUUACACAUUUCCGACAGCAAAAAAACACAUAAUGGCGCUAAAUAUGCUGCGGUUGUCAACCUGUGGAGGGUCGUAUCUCGCUCGUCUGCACUCGCAGCGGUAUAUGUCUACGCUUGUAAAGAAAUGUGCGCCUUUUGCUUCCACCGUGAACUCAACGUUGGUCCCAGCUUCACCUCGGCUGACUGCUAUUAGGUCGACCUCCGCAGAUGCUUCCCAUGUUGCGGUCUGGAAAGCCGAGCGUUUGCUCUCUGCAGCGCUGCUGGGCAUUGUACCGGGUGCAUUUCUGUUCCCAUGCCCCGCAAUGGACUAUUUGCUUGCAGCAAGUGUGACAAUGCACAUUCAUUGGGGCGUUGAAACCAUAGUGGUGGACUAUGUCAGGCCGACAGUCUUUGGAAAUGUCAUUCCUAAGGUUGCUGUUGGUGCUGUUUAUGCAUUGUCGAUGCUGACUCUUGGUGGACUCUUCUAUUUUAAUUACUCCGACGUUGGAGUGGCGAAGGCCAUCAAGAUGUUCUGGGCGCUAUAAUGCAGACUACAAUUGUGUCCAGGUGCACUGUUCAACACGAGUUGAGCAACAAUGUGUGUGUAGUUAUACUGCUGCAGUAAAGACAGUGUAAGAGACUGAA